CAUCCUCCCUCCUUCCCUCCCUCCCUUUCCUCAAAAUUCCACGCCCUAGCGGAUACACAGACGCCAGCAGACGCAGUCUGGGUAAUCUCAGCAGACACGCCGUCCUCCUCUCUUUCUACCAGCCAGUGGAUACAGCCACUUUGUGCCAUACGCAAACAUGUCUGACAAGCCAGACCUCACAGAAAUCGCCAGGUUUGACAAAACCAAGCUGAAGAAGACUGAGACAAAAGAGAAGAACCCUCUUCCCACCAAAGAGACUAUCGAGCAGGAGAGGAAAGGAGAUGCCACCCCAUGACCUAAGAGACAAGAAGACAAGCACAAAACAUGUUCUUCUGACAUGGCAGAUAUUACAAUUCCUAUUUCAGUUUAAAGGGUGCUAUUGCCCCAUGUGAUGCAUUGUUACCAUGGCGAUUGGAGUCACUGGGGCCUAUGAAUGGGAGUGUGAUGAAGGGGGGUGACAUGAGACAGGGUUUAAAAUGGAUAUUUUACCAAUUUCUGUUUAGUGCAUUUUUUUUUUUUUUUUUUUUUUUUUUUAAAAGGGUUUCUUCAUGAAAUAAAGACAAAAUGAAAUGUAAAACAAAUAAAAUGCCAAAAAUGACUCCUCUUCAUAAAAUGAUCUUUCUGUAGGUGAUUAUUCAAUGCUAAUGAUAAUGUAUGGUUUCAGUGUUUUAUGGGGACUUUCCAUAGACAUAAUGAUUUUAUACCGUAUAAACUGCAUAUUCUAUCCCUUUACUCUAAUAUGAUUAAUAUGAUUUAUAAGCUGUUUUCCUCAUGGGGUCAUUUUGUAUGGACACACACACACACACACACACACACACACACACACACACACACACACACACCCUUGGGGGGUAGUAAUAUGUUUUUAAAUUAAUGCAUUAUGCAUUAAUUAAUGUCUUAUGCAUUUUUUGUUAUGAAAAACACAGUAAAAAAAAAAAAAAAAAAAAAAGUAAUUCCUAUAAAGGCAAAGUUGAAUUUUCAGCUGUCACUGCAGUCUUCAGUGUCACAUGAUCCUGCUCAAGUAACAUUUAUUAUUGUUAUCAAUGUUGCAAACAGUUGCUCUGCUUAAUAUUUAGGUGGAAACCUGGAUAGAUUUUGUUAGGAUUCUCUGAUGAAUAGAAAGUUUAAAAAGAACAGCACUUAUUUGACUUUUUUUUUAAACUGUCUAUAAGUCUACUGUCACUUUUAAUCAAUUGAAUGCAUCCUCGAUUAAUAAAACCGUUGUCACACCA